AUGAAGCAAGCUGUGAGACGGCUAAGAGUUCCGCUGCCGCUGCGGCCGCUGGCUCGCCUCUGCCGCCGCUGCGGUCGCCGGCUCGCCUCCGCCGCGGCCGCCUGCUCGCCUCCUCCGGCUCGCCUCCACAGCCCUGCCCAGCCAGGCCCGCCGCCUCGCCUCCGCGGCCCAGCCAGGCCCGCUGACACGCCUCCGCAGCCCGGCCCGGCCCGCCGACUCGCCUCCGUGGCCCGGCCCGGCCAGGCCCGUCUGGCUCCCCGGCCAUGGCCGCCGCCGCUGCCGCUGUUCUCCCAGGUAUGCCGCCAGGACCAAUCAGGCGCCCCCUGGAGCCCACGGAUGCGCAGGACACCCGCCAGAGACACGGACGCAGGAGACACGGACGCAGACUGAAGAGAGAGCAUGGGGGCAGCAC